AUGUCUGUCCGUAUAUUUGAGGGCACAAAUCACGCCAACCUUUACUCCCGAUUCCGGCCCACAGUUCCCGACGAAGUGAUCGCUGAAGUGCUCCGCUUUUUAGAGGGAAGGAUACCGUCAGACAAGUGGGACAUCGCUGUGGAUGUCGGGUGCGGUAGUGGUCAGGGAACCAACAAAUUGUCCAAAUUCUUUGACAGCUGUUACGGCUAUGACGUGAGUCGGGCGCAGAUCAAUGAGGCACAAGUGGUCAACCAUUCGCACAAUGUUUACUAUGAUGUCUCACCGGCCGAGAGUCUGCCCAACAUCGGCACAGACUCUGUGCAAUUGGUGACCGCCUUUACGGCCGCGCAUUGGUUUGAUUUGCAGGCCUUCUUCUCAGAGACCGAUCGUAUAUUAGUGAACAACGGAGUGGUGGCACUCAUAUGCUAUCUACUGCCCGGUCCCGACCCCAUAGACCCGCUCAACCCCACCGACAAGAGACUAAUCAAACUGAUGUCCGAGAGUUACUACGACCCCCGUCUCGCCCCCUAUAAGAACCCUAAGAUCGUGAGCACAGAAAUACAUUACAACGACUUCCGGUUCCCAAAUCACUACGACUUUGUCCAUAAGGACAACAUUGUUGUGUCCAAAACCACGUUCGCCCACGAGUUGGUCGGCUAUUACCAGUCGUGGUCUCUAUAUCAGGGGCUCGUCCUGAAGGAUAAACCACUCGCCGAUCAAUGCCUACAAGAAUUCAUUGCGAAACUGAAGGAUAUAUUGAAAACUGACGAUUUGUACACUAAAGAGAUUACUUAUUGUAUGCCUAUUACAGCAAUUGAGGCCAAGACUGGCCCAACACCGGCCAUCGCCGCCAACCCAACCACAACUCCCUGUCCAUUAUGUGGCCGUAAUUUCCUACCCGAACGUCUG